AUGUCACGCAUUGUCUUCGUCUUCGUUCUCGUUGCUGCUCUCUUCGUCUCAGGAUUCUGUGAGCACAAGCCAGUUGAGCUCAUUAGAUCCUGUGGACGUGCUCUCGCCCACAGAAUCGAUAGAGUUUGUGGGCUCCCCUGUAUGGCCGAGUUCGAUUUCUCCACCUUGGCUUGUACCACCGGCGUAUCGGACUCCCAACUCUCCGAGCUUUGUUGCCCAACUCAAUGA